CGAUUACAUAGUCAUAAUUAAGCUCUUGGAUUUUGGUGGGAAUUCUGUAGGAAGCUUCUCCCACGGCUAUAAAAGGACCCUAAGCUUUAGGAUUCCACACAACUCAUAAAUUAACUUACCAAGAGUCCCUAAAACCAAAAUCAAAUUCCCAAAAAACGAAAACUAUUUUCUCUUUGAAGUCUUGUUCUAGCCUUUCCAUUCUCCAAAAACAAAAAUCCAAUCCUCAUAAAUAGACUAGAAAAAUUCAAAAAAAAAGAAACCAUUGCUUAAAUCCACUUUCCAUAUUCCGAAACAUACUGAAAAACCCUUUCUUCCUAAUCCAAGUCGUCGAAGCAUUAGUCGAGGAAAGUUCUUUUACAGCAGAAUCGUGCUUAUCCGCCAAGUUUGUACUUUGAAGGAAAUAUCCGGGGUUGAUCAAAGAAGUUAAAUCCUUCGUCUAAUUUACAAUUUUCGGCCAUAAUGGAGGAUUUGGUCAAGACUGCUAGACUCUACUAUAGUAAAAGCUCACCAGACAUCAAACAAGCAGCACACAAUUUUUUCAAUUCACUCGACAACAACAACGACGGGAAGGUGAGUCUCCAUGAAUUUCUAUGUUUUAUGCGGCAGGAAGGCCACACGAAAAUGAGCAAUCGCCAUUUCUUCAAAGAACUGGACGAAGAUGGGAGUGGAAACCUAGAAUUCAUGGAAGUUAUGGCUCUUUACUACGUAAUCAAAAGUGGGAGGCCGUUUUGUAGUGGGUGCGAUAAGUUUAUUCCGGGAAUGUAUUUCGCUUGCAAAAAAUGCUUCGAAAAUGGCCACAACUCGUUUUGCGUUUGUCCAGAGUGUUACGAUGAUGAACUUUUUCUUCAUGAGCAUGUCCAGUUCUUGGAUAACUAUGCUUUGUUGGAAGCCAGGAGAAUGCAAGGGAUUGCUACUUAUUCGAACCAGCACAAGCCAAGCUCAUCUGUUACCAUUACUGAACUUGAUCCAACAUUCACAACAAAUGCUGUUGUUCGUUAUGAACGACCCAAACCAAAAUUGGGGAAUUUUGCGUACAAAGCGGCUGAAAUAGGGUUGAACGUGUUUAACACUGCAUUGAACGCAUCUUCACGGCUCAGCUGUACCAUUAUGUGACAAGAAGUGCCGGGUGUUAGAAUGGCAAUCUUGAUUGGAGCAUAGAUGAGUUCGGAGUCAUUCGAAAUACUCAAAUCUAAAGAAUUAAUGCAUCAUAGAACUCACGUGUAUGGAAUAAAUUCGGAUUCUUCGGUAUCCAAUUAUUUGCAUUCCGAGGAAUUAUUUUUAUAGGAAUUAUUUUUAUUUGAGAGAAGACAUCGACUCCACCGCCGAAGCCAUUCACUCAGUGCCAAAGUUUAUUGUCUUCAACCUCGAUAAUUUGAACUUUUAAGAUUGUUUGGAUUUUGCCAUAUUGUUUUGGUUAUAAAAUGAUAUGUAGUACGAUUGUAUGCCA